GGAUGAAAACUCAGAACUACCUUCCAUGAAGCCUGGGAUAAAUGAACGUGCUGUCCCUUUGUAUCCGACUGAUGAUCUUCGUCAGCACAGACACGAAUCAGUAUCACAUUCAGGGAGGAAUGGAUGCCAGAGACAAGCAGGUACUCCGCUCGCUGCGCCUGGAGCUGGGUGCCGAGGUUUUGGUGGAGGGGCUGGUUCUGCAGUACCUCUACCAGGAGGGGAUUCUGACAGAAAACCACGUUCAAGAAAUCAAGGCUCAAACCACGGGCCUCAGAAAAACAAUGCUGUUGUUGGAUAUCCUGCCUUCCAGGGGCCCCAAGGCAUUUGACACCUUCCUAGAUUCCCUGCAGGAAUUCCCCUGGGUGCGAGAGAAGCUGGAGAAAGCAAGAAAUGAAGCCGCGACUCAGCUGCCCGCCGCAGGUGACUGGACGGCAGGAAUCCCUUCACACAUCCUCAACAGCUCCCCGUCAGACCGGCAGAUCAACCAGCUGGCCCAGAAGCUAGGCCCGGAGUGGGAGCCCAUGGUGCUGUCUCUGGGACUGUCCCAGACCGACAUCUACCGCUGCAAGGCCAACCACCCCCACAACGUGCAGUCGCAGGUGGUGGAGGCGUUUGUCCGCUGGCGCCAGCGCUACGGGAAGCAGGCCACCUUCCUAAGUUUGCACAAGGGCCUCCAGGCUGUGGAGGCCGACCCCUCGCUGCUCCAGCACAUGCUGGAGUGACCCUGCCCCUGCCACUUGCUGGGGCGUGGGCCCCCAAGUCACACAGGCUGAAUCGGACUUCACCCAGCAGGUGGCUUCGCUCUGGGUAAUUUUUUUUUCUUUUCAGUGAGCCUUAGGCGGAAGGAGAACACCUGUAGUCUACCGGCUCAAUAAUCCAAUGGCCUUAAUUGCUUGAAGAUUGCAUUGUUGUGACCGCAGUUUUGAACUGCGUGGUUGCCUUUUAACAGAGGUCCAGAAGAAAAACAAAACAAAACCAAAAAAAGCCCCUUGCUACUGCAUCACACGCAGGUGCCCUACAUACAAAGGAAGCAUCUGCUCUUACGUUGCCUGGAAACUGGACUGUGGACUUAGCUCUUCAUAAUGAUGAUGAUAAUAAAAACUGAAUUGUGUAAUA